AUGGGAAGCCCUAAAAAAAAAGUUUCCAUUGAUGCACCACCACAUGCAGUUUGCAUACCCUUCCCGGCGCAAGGCCACAUAAAUCCGAUGCUCAAGCUCGCCAAAAUCCUCCACCACAGAGGCUUCCACGUCACCUUCGUCAACACCGAGUUCAACCACCGCCGCCUCCUCCGCUCCCGUGGCUCCGCCGCCUUCGACGGCCUCUCCGACCGCUUCCGCUUCGAGACCAUCCCCGACGGGCUCCCGCCGUCCGACGCCGACGCCACCCAGGAAGUGCCGGCCCUGUGCGAUUCCACGAGGAAGCACUGCCUGGCUCCGUUCAAACGGCUGCUUUCCGAGCUAAACGAAGCGGCGUCGGCCGGUGAUGGUGGUGGCGGAGUGGCUCCUCCGCCGCCGCCAGUUAGCUGUGUGGUUUCUGACGCCAUCAUGAGUUUUACGCUUGAUGCUUCUAAGGAGAUCGGGGUCCCUAAUGUGUUGUUAUGGACGGCGAGCGCGUGUGGGUUCGUGGAUGCAAGUUACUUGACAAAUGGGUACAUGGAAACUCAAGUUGACUGGAUCCCUGGCAUGGAAGGCAUCCCUUUGAAGUAUCUCCCAAGCUUUUUCGCCACAACGGAUGCAAACGACCUUAUGUUCAAUUUUGUCCUAGAACAAAUCGAACGAGUUCGAAAUGCAUCGGCACUAAUUUUCAACACAUUUGAUAAACUAGAACAAGAAGUUCUUCGGUCUCUCUUCCCAACCUUCCCUCCAAUCUACACACUCGGCCCUCUGCACCUCCUGAAAGUCCAAGAAACCGGCUUGGAAUCUCUUCAAUCGAACCUGUGGAAAGAGGAAACUGAUUGCCUCGAAUGGCUCGACCUGAAAGAACCCGAUUCGGUUGUCUACGUCAAUUUUGGGAGUAUCACUGUCAUGACACCUCAUCAAUUGGCUGAGUUUGCUUGGGGACUAGCGAGUAGUAACAAGAAUUUCUUGUGGGUCAUUAGGCCUGACCUUGUUAUGGGCAAUUCCGCGAUUCUUCCCCAAGAAUUUCUGGACGAGACCAAGGAAAGGGGACUGUUGGCGAGUUGGUGUCCUCAGGAUAAAGUGCUUAAACACCCAUCGGUUGGAGGGUUUUUGACGCACUGUGGAUGGAACUCGACGCUCGAGAGCUUGACAAGUGGCGUGCCCAUGAUCUGCUGGCCUUUCUUUGCCGAACAACAGACUAAUUGUUGGUUUAGCUGUAACAAAUGGGGUGUUGGACUUGAGAUCAGUAGCGUUGUUACGAGGAGUGAGAUUGAGAGGCUUGUUGGGGAGUUGAUGGAUGGGGAGAAAGGGAAAGAGAUGAAGAAAAGAGCCUUGGAGUGGAAGAAAUUGGCGGAGGAGGCAACUGAAGAUGAGAUUGGGGAGGCUUACCUUAACUUGGAAGAGAUGAUCAAUAAGGUUUUAUUGAAUUAAAAGGAGAAGACAAAUUGAAGAUUGUAGGGAUUCAUUCACAGGAUAAAUUUGGUAUCGAAUAAGAUGUGAAACGAUUCCAUGAGCAAAUGUCAAUAUAUUAUUAUAAGCUUUAUUUGCGAACUAAAUAAAAAGUGCAUCGUUUUUGCAAGCUAUCAUGUAUGCUACAUAAAAAUUGAUCCAUUUUUCUUCUAUUUGUUGCAUAAUUACGUGGAGAACUUAAUUUUCAUCAUAGAAAAGUUAGG